AGGGGACAAGAGGCCCGGCCGCCGGCCGACCGCUACUACGCAUGUGUGUGGUGCGUGGCCCGGCCGCCGGCCGUUGCGCAUGUGCGGACGUCCGGCCUUCUCCGAGUUUGGCCGCGAGCGGAAACAAAGGCCUGAUGAAUAUCAUGACUAUACGAAGAAGAUUUUGCAAAAUGAAAUCAUCUAAUAUCAAAAAAAGCUACAAGGAUACCUUACAUUGAAAGAAGAUAUUUUUGUUCUGUACUUUUGUUCCAAUGUCUGUCAACAAACUGAGAAAAGUUACACAGCUGCUGCAGUUUUCAUAAACAUCAUGUCUCAGAACAUUGACAGUUCUUAUAAAACUAGUUCAAGUUUAAUGGGAACCCAAUGCAAAGACAUUUUCUUAGAUUUACAGACUGCAAAAUUUGAAAAUCGAUGCUGUGGUCCCAGAUCAAUUCAGGGCCUUUCAAGUGUUGCAGAUAAUAUAGAUGUUCCUUUAGGUCCAUCCUCACCAAUUAUACAUUUGAGAUCACUGGUACAUAACAAAAAUCUAUUGAAAUAUAUGAACGAUGAUCGACUUAAGCAGUCACCUUUCUGUGACUUAAUCAUCAUGGUAGAAGGAAAGCAUUUUUGUGCCCAUAAGGUGGUUGUUGCAGUGGGGAGCAGUUAUUUCUAUGCUUGUUUAAGCAAAAACCCAAACAUGGAUAGUAUCCAAUUGGACCAUGUGAGUUACUAUGUUUUCCACCACUUGUUGGAGUUCCUGUAUACGUCUGAAUUCUUUAUACAGGAAAAUGACAUCCCAUCAGUUUUGGAAGCAGCGCAGUUUCUAGACAUUAUAGAUGCAGUUAAAUUGUUGUCUGGUAAUGAAAAUGUCUCCAGGUCAACCCAAUCAGAACUGUUCACUGAAAAUAAUCAGUGUUUGGAAGAAAAGAAUUCUCUUGAACCUGCUCCCAAAUUACAAAAUGUAUGUACCUUCUGCAGUAAAAGUUUCUGUUAUAAAAAAUCCUUAGAAAACCAUAUUGCUAAAGCUCACACUGACCAUUCGCACGUGCAAGAAAGUGCUGAUCCAACAAAGUUGGAACGUUCCACAAGGAGGUGGUCGACUCGUACUCGUAAGUGUCCAGCAAAAUUUGAAUGUAAAAGUAACAAUAAAGUCACAGAUGUCUCUGAAGAUGAAUCUUCCAGUAAAAAUGGGAGUGACACAGAGAAACAUGAUGAUUGUGAAGCUAUCGAAAGUGAAGAUGAAAUGGAAGGAGUUGAAGUAAAAUUUAAGGAAGAAAUGGAAAAGGAGGAAGAAAUUGAAGGCGAGGAGGAGAAUGAAGAAGAAACUGAUGAGGAUGAGCCUCUGGAUGCAGAUGAAAUUGAACAAAAUAUUCCCAAGGAAUUAGAUCCAGUCAUAUCGCAGGCUGGCAGCAAGAAAACACUUCACUGUCCCAAAUGCGAUAAAACGUUUGAUCGAAUAGGAAAAUAUGAAUGCCACACUCGUGUGCAUACUGGAGAAAAACCUUUUGAGUGUGAUAUUUGUAGUCAGCGUUACUCCACAAAAUCCAACUUAACUGCACACAGAAAGAAACAUAAUGCGCAAGCUGCUAUUCAAAGAAAAGAACAAAAGUGUCCAUUCUGUAACAAGCUACAUGCCAGCAAAAAAACAUUAGCAAAGCAUGUGAGAAGGUUUCAUCCAGCUAAUGUGCAAGAAUUUUUUGCUGCCAAGAAGAAGAAGAGUGAAGCCUGGAAGUGCGAUGUGUGUAACAAAACCUUCACAAGGAGACCUCAUCUUGAGGAGCACAGGAUCCUUCACACACAAGACAAACCAUUCAAAUGUAGUUAUUGUGAAGAACAUUUCAAAUCCAGAUUUGCAAGACUUAAACAUCAGGAAAAGUUUCAUUUGGGGCCAUUUCCGUGUGAUAUUUGUGGUCGCCAGUUUAACGACACUGGGAACCUUAAGCGUCAUAUUGAAUGCACUCAUGGAGGAAAAAGAAAGUGGACUUGCUUUAUCUGUGGGAAGUCAGUAAGAGAAAGAACUACAUUAAAAGAACACCUUCGUAUCCAUAGUGGGGAAAAGCCACAUUUGUGCAGCAUUUGUGGACAGAGUUUCCGUCAUGGUAGCUCAUACAGACUACAUCUCCGCGUACACCAUGAUGACAAGCGAUAUGAAUGCGAAGAAUGUGGGAAAACCUUUAUUCGCCAUGAUCAUCUCACGAAACACCGAAAGACUCAUUCAGGAGAAAAAGCCCAUCAAUGUGAAGAAUGUGGAAAGUGUUUUGGCCGUCGGGAUCAUCUCAGUGUUCACUAUAGAAGUGUCCAUUUGGGAGAAAAAGUCUGGCAGAAGUACAAAGCUACUCUUCACCAAUGUGAAGUUUGCAAAAAAGAAUUCAAAGGGAAGUCAAGCUUGGAUAUGCAUUUUAGGACACAUUCAGGUCUCUUUUUCUUUAUUACAGGUGAAAAGCCCUAUAAAUGCCCAGUUUGUAACCAAGCAUUUCGAAUUAAGAAGACAUUAACAAAACACAUGGUUAUUCAUUCAGAUGCUCGUCCCUUCAACUGUCAUCAUUGCAACGCAACAUUCAAAAGGAAAGACAAGCUAAAGUAUCAUAUGGAUCAUGUUCACAGCACUAAAUCUCCAGAACAGUCAAUUGUGACUGCUUCUGAAGUGAAAAUGGUAUCCCAGCAGUUGCUAUUUACACAAGAUAGCAAAAUGUAUGAGACUAAUGCAAAAUCAUAUUUGGAUCAAAAUAAGGUUUACCAAGGAGAUGGCAAAACGGCAAUUCAGAACGUUCAUGGAGAUGUGACCCUUGUGCCAGUACGGAUUGCUGAUAGUACUGUUCAGUCUGAUGCAGUCCAACACGCUGCAACUUUGGCGCCACAAUCUCAUACCCUCCUUCAUUCCCAACAGCCUCACCAGCAGACUGAUUAUCAAAGAGCAACAGAUCUUGCAUUUCUAGAGAAGUAUACCCUUACACCACAACCUGCCAACAUUGUGCAUCCUGUUCGUGCUGAUCAAAUUAUAGAUCCAAGAGAGCAAUCAUAUCUUGGGACUUUACUUGGACUAGACACAGGUACACCAGUACAAAGUAUUUCCAAUGCAGGCCACUAAUUGCAGUGAACAGUUCACCCUCUGUGGAGGUGUUGUCUUACACAGAAAAGUAAAUGAUGAGCUUUUAUGCCAAAACUAAUUUUGUAUUGAUUCCAAAUUAUGUAGUAUCUUGGAAUGCUUUCCUUUAAUUAUCCACGUUUUGGUAUCCUGGGUAUGUGAUAAUGUAUUUUUAAAAAAAAAACAUGUAUUUGUCACGUUUACAUUUGCUUCAGGUCUUUCCAGUCUGAUUUCUGAGUGACAAUGCAAGGCUUGUAUUGUAUGUAACUGAAAUUAUGCUUCAGCGUGGUUAUUAGAUGACUUGAAUGAUUUUAAACAUUAACCUAUUCAAAUCCAAAGAUUAAUAUUGAAAAUUAAUAUUAAACUGAUCAUAUUUAUUGUUUGACCAUGUCUUCAUUCUUGGAGGUUGAAUAGUUGGCUCAGCAUUGGACCCAGUUUUUUUAAUCAUGGUUAUAUACUAAAUAAUAUCAAUAACUCUAAAAUGCUACUUGAAAAAUCAAAAGGAUGCCUAAUUCCUUAACAAUUUAGUAAGGACGUAGGUUUCCCAAGUUUCACUUGAGAAAAUAUCUUGCCUUCACAUGCAUUCAUUGGGUGGCACAGUGGCUGAGUGGUUAGCACUGCUGCCUCACAGCACCAGUGACCUAGGUUUGAUUCCAGCUUCGGGUGACUUUGUGGAGUUUGCACAUUCUCCCUUUGUCUGCGUGGGUUUCCAUCGGGUUUGACCAGUUUCAUCCCACAAUCCAAAGAUGUGUAGGCUAGGUAGAAAAGAGAUGGUAAAUGUAGAGUUACAUCAACUGCGUGAGGGCCUGUGUGAGCUGCUCUGAGGGUCAGUGCAGACUCAGUGGGCCAAAUGGCCUCUUUCUCCACUGUAGGGAUUCCAUGUUUCUGUAAUUCGCUUCAGUGGCAUUGAAAACAAAAUGGAAAACUUUUCUUACACAAGUAUUUGGUAUAGUAUUGAAAUGCCACCUUUUCUACUGUGAGAAACUGCUAGAUAACUAAAUAACCCGUAAAUGGGAAAUAAGAAAUUUCAGUAUUAAACUAGCUGGUAAUUAAAAAUAAACUAAAAUAUGAUGCCUCUAAAGCUGAGAUUUCAUACUGCACAAAAAAAGCUAAUCUGCAAUUAGCAGAGAAGUAAAUUAUGUUGACAAGAAAUCCUACAGAUGAAUCCAUCAUAGCAGGAGCACUAAUAUUUUAGUUUAAGUAAUUAUAACUAUCACACUAAAAUGUGAAACAUUCACCUUUUUUGAUUUUAUUUCACACACCUUGAGUACCAGGCCUUUCCAACCUGCAGAGUUGAGGAUGGCUCUGCAAAAUGUACAUGCCUAAAAUUUAUGUCUGUUGUAAUAGCACCUCGCAAGCAGAUGCAUGAGAACCUGUUCUGUCCUUUUAUUGAUGGUCAAAAUUGCUCAUAUAUGCCACUGACGUCUCUGAUUUGACUUCUUGCUAAUUAGUUUCUGGGUUACGAAAGGGCCUCUGAUUAAUAAAACCUGCUUACAACCUGUGCAUCAGUUGAGAACUGAUGUGGCAGGUGGAAGAAAGGAAGAAUAUUUUGGAGACAUCCUACAAGGAUUUUAAAUAUUGUUUGUCACUUGGUUGUAAUAUUUCAUAUUAAGAAGUAUUCUUAGUAUGUUUUCAGUCUUUAAAAGAAUAUAAUUUCCCCAUGAAUGCUAUGUAUUUAACCUUGUAAAACUUUUCAUGAUCAUUUGACAGUUUUCCUGGUUUCCUGGUUUUCAUUACCACAUCUACAUCGUCCUCGCUAAAAACAGUUGAAGCACAUUGAUGAAGUCAGUUCAAGGUAUUACCCAAGAAAAUAUUUGUUCCCUGUUAUAAAGUGGAGUUAGUCUGUUUCAGAGUUAUUUCCUCUUAUUUGCCUUUUCUGAACUUCAGUAUUUCAGCAGAAACUGAGGAUGAACAAUACUCUUUUACUUUUUAUCAAUCAUUUCUGUCAUUGCUGAGCACGUGUUCUGUACUUGUUCCUUUCUCAAACUUGAAGUUCAAAGGGGUGACUGACACCAGAGACACCAAGUGCAUGAAUAACUUGCAAAUGUUCAGCACAUCAUGUGCAGGAUUCAAAAGUAGAGACCAAUAUAUAUGCAACAAAUUUUCAAAUGACUUGUUAAAACAUUUAACUUUCUCAAAAAAACUAUUUGCUUUGCAUCCAGUACUGGGUUUUGUAACUCUUGCUGACAACAGGAAAAAAAAUGGACUUUCAAAUGAUAUAUCAUUAAUAUAUUUACAAAUUGUGAAAUAAAUGCAAAGAUGCAAAUGCUUAAAAUAUCUUGAAGGUGCAGACAUUCCAGAGUUUUUCCAAUUGAAAAACAUACUAGACAAUAGUUUCAAUUGUAAAGUUACCUGUUAUAACUUAUUGUUAAAUUGAACUGAAUCUAACUAACCUCUGCAUUACAAAACCAAUGCAAUGUUUUAAAUUUCCUUGCUUAAUAAAGAUGUUUUAAGAAUGAAAUUAGGAAAUAGUGAAAGCUAUUGUGGAAACAAAACAAAUAUUUUAGAUAAUGAAAUAUAGUGUCUUAAGAAUGCAUGCACAAUGCACUUUAGUUUAAAAAGAAAUUUGCAACUCUGUGAAUAAAAUUGUAUUUGCAUAUAGGAAAUAUGUCUUGAAGAAAUAAUGACUGGAAUUUUGCAUGCAGCAGUAGGGCUUGCCAUAGACAUAGAACAAAUGUCUGCGUAUAGUGCAGUUCUAGUGGCAGAAGUUUCAGUGGCCUUGAGGAAGGAUUUUCUCUGUCCCUGGGUUGUAGUGAGAUUCAACAGCGCAGGCAUGUUUGGGCGAUAACAGCAGGUGGGGGAGGGCACAGUUUAGUUAUUGCACCCCAGAAACAAGAGAAGACUGCUGCAAUAAAAAGAAGAUACUGGAAAUUCAGCUUUUUAUUGCACAUUUUUUUUCCAAAAUGAAAUACGUAAACACUCAGAAAUAUAUUAAAUCAGAUAUUAAAGAGUGUUUAAAUGAUGUGAAAUUUAACUAAAAGACAACACUACCUUUUGACAAGAUAUAUCAGAUAUUUUAAAAGAUUUCAUAUAAAAUAUUUCCAUUUUAAUUUAAGUAUUUGCAAAUUUGAGUGCUCCCAUCUGAAUUUGCUAUUAAUGAGCAAUUAGCCCAAAAUCCACAUGGGGCCCUUGGGAUUUGAAGUAGCUGACCCUCAGGAGUAAUGAAUUUAUGCACUCUAGUUCACAUGUGCCCUGCAGAAGUUGGUGGCCUAUAUGGAAUCCAGACACUGCAAAAUCCAGUUAAUUAAUUAUGCUGCAUUUUAAAGGAAAAUUUAAAUAUUAAUUAAAAUUUACAAAUAUUUGCGUUCACUCAUGGUAUUUGUUAGGAAAGCUAGCAGGAAGGAUUUCAGAAAUAGACACUUUGUUUAGAACCUGAUUUUGUGUACUUUGUAUGGGACCAGAUAUUUUUCAUUUUUGGCCUAUUAGCAGAAAUGGAAACUGGAUUGUUAUACAGCUGAAACACUACAAAAGUUGUGCAAAUUAGAAUAAUAAAGUGGUGCACAUUUUUGACUGUAAAAGACAGUCACUUUUUGAAGCCUUGAGAUGGAUACUUCAAGACAGCGCCAUUAUUCUUUGAGUUGAGGAGCGACUAUAUGAUAUCCCCUGGACUGGGUGAGCUGCUGUUUGAUACAAAUCUGUAGCUGCAGGGCAGCCAGAGACAUUCAGAGGCUGUGAACUGAAAGCAUCUCUCUCUUCUCUGUCACCACCCCACCACUCCCAUGCAUGUGAGUGGAAAAACAAGAAUACCAAGGGAGUUUAAAGGAGGGAAUUAUAAUAAAAGAUUGAGAUCCACUGGAUCAACUAUUGAAAUAAAGAACAACUAUUACAGACCACAGUGUGCUAUCAGUGCUAAAAAGCAAAAGGAACAGUGAGACAAAUUAACCCACUCUUGUGAUGUGGACUUCUGAUCUUCUGAAUGUUUUCUUGUUUGUAUUUCUAUUCCACCCACAAUAUCAAUGUAAAACCAUUUAUCUUUUGUUGGUCUUAAUUGUGAAUGUAUGUGUUUUGGGGAUUUUUAAAGAGUUUGGUUAAGUUGCAAAAGUGAUAGAUUAUGACUCUUUUCUCUGCCAUUUGUUGUGUGUCACAAUAAAUAAUUAUUUUAUUUUAA